CAUCUGUAGCAGCCUGCAACUCACCGUCAUCUACCAUUUUGCGUGGUUGUGCAGCUAGUAAUCGCUUAUGUUUAAUGCUCCUCGUCCUGCUCAACGAUACGGGGGUAACUCUGUAACUGGAUUCGGAGGAAGUAUUGUCGAUGAGAACCCUCUUGCCGGUUCCACAUACGACGGGCUGGAUCCUUGGAGUGCUGCACCUAGCCCGUCAACUACUCCUGCGCCCCAAACAUCCUCUAUAUUCAGUUCGGUCAUAGCUGAUGCGACUGUGCCAACGAUUUAUAACCGGGCUUUUACUGCCGUGGACCCAAGCAAUACAGGAGAGUCCUCAGUCGGUGCUUUGUCAAGGGUUCUUUCGACAUCGUCCCUGCCCGCUGCUACGAUAGAGAAGAUUGUGAACCUUGUAAGCAAUCGUUCAAGGGUUUCCAAGUUGGAGUUUUUCGUGGCUUUAGCUCUGGUAGCGCUGGCACAGUCAGGGAAAGACGUUAGUAUUGAACAAGUUGCUGCUCUAUCAUCACAAAACGAACUUCCUGAGCCAACUCUCAACCUGGACGCCCUUCCUAUUUCCACGUCGACAUUCUCUACGAACACCGCCAAUCCGAAUAAUGCCAUUUCUUCACCUGCGCCACCUUACUCUACUGAAGAUCCGUGGAAUACCAACACGCGAUUCGUAUCUCCUCCUUCCAAUCUCAGCGGAUUCGACGCACGCCCACGACCAGGAGGAAACUCUAUACCGUCCGGUUUCGCUGGUUCUGGUCUUCCUCCGGAAUGGUGGAAGAAGCAGGAGACAGUCUCUGUUAACAUACAGGGUCAACAAGGUUUCAUACUGAAUCGCUAUACUGUUUAUCAGAUCACCACGGAUAGGGGCUCUCCCGUUACUCGAAGAUAUUCAGAGUUUGUUUAUCUAUGGGAUUGUCUUGUGAGGCGGUAUCCCUUCCGCUUGUUCCCUGCGUUGCCUCCCAAGCGAAUUGGACCGGACGAGUACUUUCUCGAGCAAAGGAGGAGAGGGUUGGCGCGAUUCCUUAACUUCGUGUUAAACCAUCCCGUUAUCACAGAAGACGGAAUAUUGUCUGUGUUUCUGACCGAACCUUCCUUUGAAGAAUGGCGGAAACACACGCAAGUUUCUCUCGACGAAGAGUCGAAUAGCAAGAGGGUUGACCGAGUCGAAGAGAUGUCAAUUCCGAGUGACCUCGAAGACAAAAUUACAAUCAUCCGACGCCGGCUCAAUCCUCUAGUUGAGCAGUGGCAACGCAUAUGCAUUCUGGCAGAACGGAUAAUCAAGAGACGUGAAGCCGCAGCGGUACGAAUCAAUACCUCCCCCUUGCGACACAUACCGGCUCAUAUCUUAACGCCUCUGUUAUUCUCACUUAAUCAAACUGCACCUCUCGCCUCUGACACUGCUUCUACCACCGCUCUGGUUUCUACUUUUGGGUUUGGGCCUACGGAUGAUCAGAGUGAUUUAUCAAGACUGACGAAUACCCUACGCUCUGUCGUCGAAGUUAUCGAUCCCUGUUGGCGUGCUGAUGAAUGCGAACUCGCUUCUGGUGUGAGAGUCGGUCUGGGACACGUAGCCUCUCAUUGUCAAAGACAGUCGGAAUUGGCUGAGCAACGCACCCGCAAUCUAUUCGACACCACAUUGGAGGCUCUCAAGAGUCAGCGCGAUCUUUACAUUGCAACUAGGGAUCUUUUUAUACGCUAUGAUCGACUCUCCCUCGACCAAGUAGAACGUUUGAAGAAGCGGAUCGAGACUACAUCAGUGAAGAUGGAUGGUGUCAAGGCCACCCAGAAGGAAGGUUGGCAGGAUGAGGCUGAUAAGCUCGCCGCGGCAAUAGAGAAGGAUCAAGCUACAAUUGCAGCACAGCUUAGCAGAAGAAUCUUCAUUCGAGCAUGUUUAUGGAGCGAACUCCGAAUCAUUCUGCACAACAGAGAAAACACUUGCCUCACAGUAAUGAUACAACAAUUUGCACGGGAAGAGCAGAACUAUGCCGAGAUGACGACCAAUACCUGGGCUUCACUAUGGGAAGCUGUCGAGGAACUGCCCUUCGAAUAAAGAAGUUUUCAAUCCGCUAAUGUGCCACGACAAUCAUUGAUAUAUGUAUACCAUGCAUUGACAACCCCAAGUUGUUUUUGGCUGCAACGACAUCUGACGAACAAUUUUGAAUCAACUGUUA